UCAGCCUUUUUCAUCUCUCUCCUGUCUAAAUAAUCUUCUUACUCUUUCUACUCUUCCACCAAACCCAAAAUUAAAAUUAAUCAAAAUUGUACAAAUUCCGAUAAUUACUCACAUUUUCGCCGUUAAUUUUCCCCCAAUUCGAUUGUGUUCUACAUUAUUAUUAUUAUUAUUAUUAUUAUUAUUUUUUAAUCACAUUUGAUUAAUUCUUUUUCCUCCUUCAUCACAAACCCUAAACCUAGAGGGAUUUAGACCUCCAUUAAUCGCAAUCGGAUCUUUGUUUUCCUUUACUGCCAACUUGGGGUUUACUAAAAUUAACUUGAUUGUUGUUCGGAAUCGCGGGAGCGCGAUCGAAUUUCGGCGGGAAUUCAGCUCAAUUUCGCACCUUAAUUUGGUCGGUGAAUAUAUAUUGUUGGUUUGAUAUUGUUGUCGGGUAAGUUGUUAACGACAUUGAGAUUGAGAAGCUCCGGGGUUGUUUUGGUGCGUGGAUCAUUGGCGGAAUUUCUUUGCAGAUUGCUGGGAUUUGUUGGAAUUUAAAGACAGGGGUUUUGGAUUCGAUUCGGGGGAAAACAGCGCCAUUCGAUGGCGCUGUUUAGACGGUUCUUCUAUCGGAAGCCACCUGAUCGGCUUCUUGAGAUCUCUGAAAGGGUCUAUGUUUUUGACUGCUGCUUCUCUACGGAUGUGCUGAAUGAAGAUGAGUACAAAAUCUACCUGGGAGGCAUCGUAGCUCAGUUACAGGAUCACUACCCUGAUGCCUCUUUCAUGGUAUUCAAUUUCAGAGAGGGAAUUAAGAGGAGUCAGAUAUCAGACAUAUUGUCCCAGUAUGACAUGACAGUCAUGGAUUACCCUCGGCAAUAUGAGGGUUGUCCAGUGUUGCCUUUGGAGAUGAUCCACCAUUUCUUGCGUUCUAGUGAGAGCUGGCUGUCACUGGAGGGACAACAGAAUGUACUUUUGAUGCAUUGCGAACGGGGCGGAUGGCCUGUGCUUGCUUUCAUGCUUGCUGGUCUUCUUUUGUACAGAAAGCAGUAUACUGGUGAGCAGAAGACCCUAGAAAUGGUGUAUAAGCAAGCACCCAGAGAACUUCUUCAUCUCUUGUCUCCUCUAAAUCCCCAGCCUUCACACCUUAGGUAUCUGCAAUAUAUUUCAAGGAGAAAUAUGGGUUCAGAUUGGCCACCAUCAGACUCUCCUUUAGCUCUGGAUUGUAUCAUACUUAGAGUCCUACCGCUAUUUGAUGGUGGGAGGGGAUGCCGCCCUCUAAUUCGUGUGUAUGGUCAGGAUCCUUCAUCCACUACUUCUAAUAGGAGCUCUAAGCUUUUGUUCACAACUUUAAGAACGAAGAAGCAUUCCCGCUUUUACAAACCGGUAAUAUGAUUUCUUACUUUCUAGAACUAAUAUAGUAGAGACCUAACUGCUGUUUGAAGCAUUUUUUACUUCCUGACGCAGGAAGAAUGUGCCCUUGUGAAAAUAGAUAUUCACCGACGUAUUCAAGGGGAUGUUGUGCUUGAAUGUGUCCACUUAGACGAUGAUUUUGCAAGGGAGGAAAUGAUGUUCAGAAUUAUGUUUCACACUGCAUUUAUCCGGUCUAAUGUUUUAAUGCUCACUCGUGAUGAAGUGGAUGUUUUGUGGGAUGCUAAAGAUAUGUUCCCCAGGGACUUCAGAGCAGAGGUACUCUUUUCCGAUGCUGAUGCUGUUCCAUCUAUUAUCACCACAGACGUGGCGAGUGAAGAUGAAACCGAGACAGAAAGUGCCUCUCCCGAGGAGUUUUUUGAGGUGGAAGAGAUCUUCAGUAAUGCAGUAGAUGCACCAGAUGGAAGGGGAGACAUUGAUAGUCAUUCACUUCAAGAGUCGUCUAAUCAGGAUAGUGAAAGUGAAGAAGUGGAAUGGAAAGAGGAGAUGGAUAAUCACUCCUUUGAAGACUGUACAUCUGACGAAGUAAGCCAGAGACAAGAUUUGAGAGUUGAUUCAAACGGGAAUGGCGUGAAUGCUAAUGCCUCAGAGAAUGAUGAAUCCCAUAAUACCAAUACAAGGCCAGAUGGUAGAGGAGCUCGUGGCAAGUUAGAAGGUGCCGACGACAAGCCCGAUCAAGAUGGCAGUUCUGUGCAGAAAAAGAUGGAUAGACAAGGGUCACAACCUAAGGUUGGUGCUGAUGUAGGGAAACAAAAGUCUGAUAAGUCAGUCACCUCGACAUCACGGAAACAAUCCAGCACAAAAUCUGGGGCAGAUCCCAGUGGUCCCAAGUCAAAAAUGAGAAUGGCAAAGCCUAAUGCAGUUUCUAGAUGGAUUCCUAGUAACAAAGGUUCUUACUUUGAUUCAAUGCAUGUUUCAUAUCCACCAUCAAGACAGAACAGUGCUCCAGCUUCCUUAACCCAGUCAAAGGAAUCUCAAGGGGGAAAAUCUAAGGGGACAUCUAAUGCAAAGCCCUCAGCUCGUUGCAGUCCUGAAGUUGGGUUUUUACCUGAGAAACACUCUUCUUGUCCAUCACUGAUUGACAGUUCAACUGUCCAAUUGGCGAAUUCUCCGACCUCGACCUCUCCAUCACAUGGAGAAAGCCAACCUACAAAUAUCAAUCAACCUCAACAUCCUCCUACCUUUUGUCUCAAUCCUCCACCACCCCCGGCAGUAACGACCUCUUCAAGUUCACCAUUGUAUGAUUCAUCCUCUGAGCCAUUUUCUUCUAUUAGAUCUGUUACAGAGGAUGGGGGCAGUAAUUUGUCCUCUCACUCUGAUUCAGUUUUACUUUCUACAAGUGAUCAUAGUGUAGAGGAUGCUACUUCUGCAGAGCCCCUGUCACCUACACCUCCCGUGCCACCUUCAUCCUCUGAUAAUGCCGUUUUGAUUUCUGAACCACCUCCACCUCCUAAGCUGCCACCUCCCCCUCCGCCGCCUCCGCCGCCACCUGCCCCGCGAUUUUCUUCAAUAUAUGCUCAAGCUGCAGCAGGAUUCGGGCAGAGUGUGCCCCCACCACCACCACCACCACCACCUCCUCCUCCUCCUAUACUUGCAUCAGCAGUCUCUGGAAGAACUCCCUCCGUAACUUCUCCGCCACCUCCUCUGCCCCCUCCACCGCCACCACCUUUUCAGCUUUCCUCUUCAUCAAGCGUGCAAAAUUCUGUUAACCUUCUGCUACCAACCCCUCCUCCUCCCCCAUGGUCUGCUGUUUCUUCAGCACUGACAUCUAUUAGAUCUGGUGGUGCUUUGUCAUCCAUUCCUCCUGCUCCUGCUCCUCCACCUUUGCCUUCUACCGGUACUGUGCCGCCCCCUCCUCCCCCUCCUCCACCAUUACCUUCUUUCUGUGCUGUGCCGCCUCCUCCUCCCCCUCCCCCUCCAAUGAAUGGAGCACCUUCUGUGUUUUUAAGGGUGCCUACACCUCCCCCGCCACCUCCCCUUCCUUCAAGUGGUGCUCCUCCCCCUCCACCUCCUCCAACUCUUGCUCCAUUUCCACCAGCUCCACCUCCCCCACCACCUCCACCUCGAUCAAGUAGUGUUCCACCUCCUCCCCCUCCACCUCCUCGACCAGGUGGUGCUCCACCCCCUCCCCCACUGGCUCCUCCUCGAUCAACUGUUGCUCCACCUCCUCCCCCUCCUCCCCCUCGAUUAAGUGGUGCUCCACCUCCUCCUCCACCACCUCCUCGACCAAGUGGUGCUCCACCCCCUCCUCCGCUGCCUCCUCGAUCAAACGGUGCUCCAGUGCCUCCCCCCCCACCACCUCUGCCAACUGGUGCUCCACCUCCGCCUCCGCUGCCACCUCGGCCAAAUGGUGCUCCACCUCCACCACCACCGCCUAUACGAGGAGGUCCUCCAUUGCCACCUCCGUUACUAGGGGCCCCUGCUCCACCACAUCCACCACCUCGAGGAGGUGCACCGCCUCCACCACCACCUCCAGGAGCUCGACCACCUGGACCUCCGCCACCCCCAGGGCCUCCAAGACCUCCAGGUGGUGCACCUCCUCCACCACCUUUUGGUGCCAAGUCCCCUGGACCUCCAGGUGGUGCUCCUCCUCCACCUUUGGGAAGAGGGCGAGGACUUGCACGUCCUUCUGGCUUUUCGGCAGCACCUAAGAGAUCUACCUUAAAGCCACUUCAUUGGAGUAAAGUUACCAGGGCAUUACAAGGGAGCUUAUGGGAAGAGUUGCAGAGGCACGGAGAUCCUCAAAGUGCACCCGAAUUUGAUGUUUCAGAAAUUGAGACUCUAUUCUCAGCUACAGUUGCAAAGCCAGAUAGCAGGGGCAAGUCCGGUGACAGAAGGAAAUCUGUUGGAUCGAAACCUGAAAAAGUUCAUUUGAUUGACUUGAGGCGGGCCAACAACACUGAAAUAAUGCUAACAAAGGUGAAAAUGCCACUUCCUGACAUGAUGGCUGCAGCGCUGGCAAUGGAUGAGUCUAUUUUAGAUGCUGACCAAGUAGAAAAUCUAAUCAAAUUCUGUCCAACAAAAGAAGAGAUGGAACUUCUUAAGAAUUAUACUGGUGACAAGGAAAACCUUGGGAAAUGUGAACAGUUCUUUCUGGAGUUGAUGAAGGUCCCUCGGGUGGAAUCCAAGCUACGGGUUUUUCUGUUUAAAAUUCAGUUCAACUCUCAGGCCACUGAUUUCAAGAAAAGUUUGAACAUGGUAAACUCCGCAUGUGAUGAGGUUCGAAAUUCCGUCAAGUUGAAGGAAAUUAUGAAGAAGAUAUUGUAUUUGGGAAAUACAUUAAAUCAAGGAACUGCUAGAGGCUCUGCUGUUGGAUUUAAGUUGGACAGUCUCUUAAAACUCACAGAUACACGUGCUUCCAACAGCAAGAUGACACUUAUGCACUAUCUUUGCAAGGUUCUUGCAUCUAAAACGCCAGCCCUUCUAGAUUUUCAUGAAGACCUUCUUAGCCUGGAAGCUGCAUCAAAGAUUCAAUUAAAAUCUCUUGCAGAAGAAAUGCAAGCUAUUAUUAAGGGACUGGAGAAGGUGAAGCAGGAAUUGGAUGCAUCUGAGAAUGACGGUCCAGUAUCUGAAACUUUUCGGAAGACAUUGAAAGACUUUGUUGGUGCUGCUGAGACGGAAGUUGGCUCUGUAUCAACUUUGUACUCCGUUGCGGGAAGAAAUGCAGAUGCAUUAGCACUUUAUUUUGGAGAGGACCCUGCCCGCUGCCCAUUUGAGCAAGUUACUGCUACGCUUUUGAAUUUUGUGCGGUUGUUUCGAAAGGCGCAUGAGGAGAACUGCAAACAAGCAGAGUUAGAAAAGAAGAAAGCUCAGAAAGAGGCUGAGAUGGAGAAGGCAAAGGGAAUAAAUUUAACAAAGAAGGAUGUGAAAUAGGCGGUAAUUGCUUAUUUAUCUGACUGCAAACAUGGACGGCUAUCCAAUGGUUCUCUUCAACGUGAUUGUUGGAGAAGGAACACUGCUCCUGAGAUGGGACCAGAAGCCUCUCAUACUCGAGGCCUCUUGAAUCUGAAGGAAACAGAGGACAAGAGAGUAUGGUGGGGUUCUGAGUUCACCUGGCGGGUAACACGGGACAUGACAUCGUCCCUGCACUCAGCUGGUCGAGGGCAAAUGUUAGCAUUGAAUCUAUUGGCUAGCUGGUUUCGCAAGCUUCCAGGACUUCUGCCCUGGGUUUGAGCUGUAAAGCUUUGAGGCUUUAGUGGAGGAAACAACAUGUGAUUUGCUGCUACAAUCAGAGAGGUUUGGAAAAGCAAAUAUGACAGCUGAUGAGGGUUGGCUCAAUUUCAGCAAGGUGUUGCUGGUUGCACUCAAUAUGUCGACGAUGACAUGUGCAGGUAAAGCCGGAAAACCAGAAUGUACCAUGAAUCUGUAUAAAGCUCUAUACUAACCCUGUAUUUAGAUGCGUAGAUGAUUCUUUUGAAUGUAAUAUAGAAGUUGGUCCCCAAUCUUAGUAGUCAGGUGUGAAGGGGAACUUACCACGAUUUGUUGUAUAGAGGUAAUCACACUUAGAGGAGGAAAUAGAUGAUAGUUUGUUAUAGGUCAUAGCAUUGUAUUGAGGAUAUAGGCAUAGGUUUAGGAACUACUCUGGGAUGAUUCCAUUUCUAUUUUUGUAGUUACAGUAUGGAAAGUACAUGGUUUAUAACAAAGAGAGAGUGAGCCUCCUAGCAGGGAAGCUCAAGGAGAAUUAUCCAACCUGCUUAUUCUUGUACCAACUGUUAAUCUUAACAAAUUUUGAAUAAUACAUUCCCAUGAUUUGCUUUAAGUUUGGCAUGC